AUGCAAAUUUCAGACAACUUACAGGACCUUACUGACACACAGCAGCGUCUGGCGGUCUGUUCGAGCGUCUUCUUUCUUUCAGGAUUCGAUCGCUACUUCAUCAGCCGAACGCUCGAGAACAACAGGAGGAAUAUUUGGUUUGCAGAGUUCUGGGAGAAUAACUUCCAAUGCAAGCUCAGUCGACACGCUGUGAAGAAAGGAUCUGGCAUCAAAAAAUGCACAAACCACGAGCGAAUCGGGAAAGACUCAUCCUACGAACAAGAGGGGAAGGUCCAGUUUGUGAUUGACGCAGUUUACGCCAUGGCUCAUGCUCUACAUAACAUGCACAAAGAUCUCUGCCCUGGGAAAGUUGGCCUCUGCUCCAAGAUGGAAACCAUAAAUGGCACACUGCUGCUCAAGUACAUCCGCAAUGUCAACUUCACAGGGAUUGCUGGCACCCCGGUGGUCUUCAACGUGAACGGAGAUGCUCCAGGUCGCUACGAAAUCUACCAGUACCAGAUCACAAAUACCACAACAGAAUACAAGAUCAUUGGCCACUGGACGGAUCAACUCCACUUAGAUACCACUGAAAUGCAGUGGCCUGGUGCAACACAAGAAGUCCCGUCCUCUAUAUGCAGCCAACCCUGCCGCCCUGGUCAGCGAAAGAAGACAGUGAAGGGAAUUCCAUGCUGUUGGCACUGCGAGAAUUGUGAUGGUUACCAGUAUCAGGCAGACACUUACACCUGCAAGAUGUGUCGCUUUGAUCUGCGGCCUAAUGCGAACCACACUGGCUGUGAUCCCAUUCCCAUUGUCAAGCUGGAGUGGAGCUCUCCGUGGGCGGUCAUCCCCGUCCUUAUCGCUGUCCUGGGUAUCAUGGCCACUCUGUUUGUGGUGGUCACCUUUAUACGCUACAAUGACACACCCAUUGUUAAGGCGUCAGGUCGAGAGCUGAGCUAUGUGCUGCUGACUGGCAUCUUUCUCUGCUAUGCUACAACAUUCCUCAUGAUCUCCACCCCCGAUGUGGUAAUAUGCUCCCUGCGAAGGAUUUUCCUGGGCCUGGGUAUGAGUAUAAGCUAUGCAGCGCUGCUGACCAAGACAAAUCGGAUCUACAGGAUUUUUGAGCAGGGCAAGAUGUCGGUCAGUGCCCCUCGAUUCAUCUCCCCAGCCUCCCAGUUAGUCAUCACGUUCAGCCUGAUAUCACUGCAGCUCCUCGGAGUGUGCAUCUGGUUUGGUGUUGACCCAUCGCAAGCCAUCAUCGACUACGAGGAUCAGCGUACGGCUAAUCCCAAAUUGGCCCGAGGUGUUCUGAAAUGUGAUAUAUCAGACCUCUCCCUCAUCUGUCUGCUGGGUUAUAGCAUGCUGCUGAUGGUCACCUGCACAGUUUACGCCAUCAAGACCAGAGGUGUCCCCGAGACAUUCAACGAGGCCAAGCCCAUCGGCUUCACCAUGUACACCACCUGCAUUGUAUGGCUUGCCUUCAUCCCCAUCUUCUUUGGGACCUCACAAUCAGCAGAAAAGAUGUAUAUCCAGACCACAACCCUGACCAUCUCUGUAAGCCUGAGUGCGUCAGUCUCUCUGGGAAUGCUCUACAUGCCUAAGGUCUACGUGGUUCUCUUCCAUCCAGAGCAGAACGUACCCAAGCGCAAGCGCAGCCUGAAAGCUGUGGUCACUGCAGCCACCAUGUCCAACAAGUUCAACCCUAAAGGAGGCCUGAGGCCCAACGGAGAGGCCAAGUCUGAACUCUGUGAAAGUCUUGAAACACAAGUGUUGGCUUCCAAGCAGACAUACAUAAGCUACAGUAACCAUGCCAUCUAAGCCAGAGACGAACAGUGGAAGCGGAGCCAGCGCCUGCCUGAGGAGAAAUCACCUGAUUCUGGGGAAUACUGGGGGAAAUACUGGAGGACUUCUAAGCUGCUACAGCAGAGAGGACUGGGGUGGAAAGAUGGGAAUUUGUCACUCCAUGAAAAGAAAGGAUGUCAUAUUUUUCUAGAGAAUCAGGUAAAGGCUCAAACGCCAAAUUUAUGAGAAAUUUGAAGAGAGGGAGGGAGAUGGGAGAUGUAAGGGAGAUUGGACAGUUAAUUUUCCUCUUCCCACCCUUUCUGAGACGCGAGUGAGCAUUGAGCAGUGACGUUUCCAGAUGCAGGCUGAGCGAACCACCUGGAGUCUACAGUAUGUUUUCCUUCUGAAGUGUAAAGCACACAAUUUCAGAUCUCUCUGAGGCUGAACCGUUUGUCUCAUUUCAACAAAAAAAAAAAAAAAAAAACAGGGGGAAAAGUGUUCUGUUUGCGCUCAAGUCAAAUGCAGUCGACAAGAUGAAGCAGUAUAAAAAUAUAGUCAUUAUUUUUUUGGUUACUGGUAUUAUUGGGGUUGAAAGCUGCAGUACUCUUCAAACUGUACAUGCCUUACUACA